AUGCUCGUCUUGCUGGUGCAUCGUUCGUGCGGCGUGGCCUCGCCGCUCGCCCCGCCGCGUGUGAACGACGCCACCAUCGCAAAGGCCCGCGCCUACUUUGCUCUCGGCAAUCGAGAGCUCGGCCCGACGAACGCUGCCGACCUGCGAGAGGCGCUAUCAGAGGAUUUUGAGUUUGUGGCGCCGCUGGUGGGCCCGCUCGGCAAGGAGGCGCUCAUUGGCGCAACCGCGAGCCUUGACCUCGAGGCUGCGAUCCCGGACUUUGACGCCCGCUACCACGACUUUCGGAUCGACGCGGACGACCCGAACCGCGUCUGGUGCACGAUGCGAUGCCGUGGGACGCACACAGGCACGCUCAACUUUGGAGGGAUCCAGGCGGAGGCCAAGUCGCCGCCCGUGGCCUUCGAGUCGCCGCCAGAGGCGGUCUCACUCCGCUUCGACGGCGCGGGUAAGCUGCGCGAGAUCACGACAGGCUACCCGAUGGACCGCCGAGUUGGUACCACGGGCGGGCUUGGUGGGCUCUUCGGCGUUCUGGAAGGCAUCGGCGUCCCUCUCCCGCCGGUGGUCACGCGCUCCUGCGGCGACCUCCUCGGCCCGGCGCUGCGCCUGCUGCGCCUGGCGCCGCCGCCUCCGGAGCCGUCGCUGCUCGAGGUGCCGCGGCUGGCGACUUCGGAUGCGCUGUCUGAGGAGCGACUGCUCGAGCUAUGCGCCGCGCUGCUUGAGACGGACUACGGCGCGGAGCGGCCCGAACUGCUCGCCGACUCGUUCACCUUCACCGGCCCCGUGGUUGGCCCUCUCCGCAAGGCUGAGUUCCUCUCCUCGUAUGGAGAGUCCAACCUGCGCGAGGCUUUCCCGGACCUGGAGUACAGCUACCGCGACGUGCGCGUCUGCCCCUUCGACGUCAACCGCGUCUGGUACACCUACUCGCGCAGCGGCACGCACUCGGCGACGCUCCGCCUCCUCGGCUCGAGCUACCCGCCCACAGGCAAGCGGUGGGAGGCGCCGCCGGAGUGCGGCUCCGCUCAGUUUGACACUGAGGGCCGGUGCGUCGCGCUCACGGGCGGCUACGUGAUGGACCGGCGGAUGGGCAACACCGAAGGCCUUGGAGGCGCACAAGGGGAAUGA